AAUAAAUUUUCUCUUUACAAGGGAAACAUGCUGAAGUCUUACCCCACUCGACUUCCCACAAACAGAGCUGGUGGUACUCGAGUGAUUCGCUUGACAGUGGAUCAGGAAGCAGUUCUUCAAGAACAGUUUAACAGGUGGCCAAGGGCACCUCAUACCGCGGAUAUUGUCCUGCUCGCGGCUGAAACUGGUCUUUCCGAGGCUGACGUUGAAGGAUGGUACGCUAUUAGAUUGGCUCAGUGGCGGAAAGAACAGGGUCUCGGCGGGAAUCUUGGGUUACAUUGAUUGUUACCGCUGAGAGACUUCACCUCACUUUUGUACCUGAUGUUCUGAUUUAUAUAUGCACAGGCAACUGAACUGAUGGCAAAUUAUGCGAAAUCUAUAUCUUAAUUAUGCGUAUACCUUAUACUUCGUCUAUAAAAUUGGUUACUUAGCAAAAUUUCAAGUUUUAUUAGGUUUGAUAGAGUUGAGUUUUUAGUGUGUUUUAUUAAAUUUAUAGAAAAUUCAAUACACAGAAUGGGUUUUUUUUUAUCUGAACAUGUAUAAGAUAGCUAAGCAACUAGACAAUAUAUAUACAUAUAACUUGUUAAUUUAAAAUACACUAUCACAAUAUACUUGUAUAUAUCGUUUACGUCUAUUAAUCAUAAAAAAUAAAAAAUAAUGAACAAUACUUAAGAGAAAAAGAGAACAUACAAUUUAUAUUAUAUAAUUUUGAUAAAAAUAUUUAUGCAGUGUUUAUAUUAGAGGAAGUCUAAGGUUCAUUAUAUCAAUGGCCAGUCUAUGUACAGAAAUGUUUUAUUCUUAAAUUAUGCACAAAUUGCAAUCAAUACAAAUGUAUCUGAAACAAGCAAGUUGGGGGAUAUCUCAGUUUUUUUUUGGCUGCCACAAGAAUAUUCAGAUAAAAUGGCAGCUGUUUUGUUAGGUGUCAAUAUAUUGCAUCAACCACCAUGUGUGUGUUUUUGCAAAAUUCAUGAGACACGUCCGAUUAGUUGUUGUCAUAUCCGGAAGAAGAGAGACAACUGUUUUAAAUUGAUAUAACUGAUUUUUAAUAAUAUUGUGUGUGAUAAUCAAUUUAAAACAAUUGAUCAUAUCUAUUUUAUAGCUUAGUAUAGUAAAGCUAGUUUAUUUGUUCAGACAUCCACAUUUCGACUAAGUAGUAUUAUAGUAAUAAAGGUAUGCGCUAAGUCUGCAC